AUGGCCUUAUUCCAGCUCAUCCAGCUCUUGCUGCUGUCAACAGGAGAAUCAGUUGCACCACUGCCUGAAUUCUGUGAGGUUUCAGCCGUUGGUGCUGGCUGGGCGGGUGUUUACUUUGCCUUCCGGCAGGCAUUGACUGGAAAAAAGGUCUGCAUUUUCGAAGGCACCGAUCGUAUUGGUGGCCGCACCUACUCUCAUCGCAUGGACAUCGGUGAUGAGACCUUCACACUGGAUGUGGGUGCUUAUCGCUUCUCUCCAGACAUGCACUUGCCCGGAGAUGUGAUCAAACUUUUGGGAUUCAAAACUGCUUGCUACGAACCCAACUGCCCUCCAGCAUCUCAAGAAUUCCCAGAGCCCUUCCACUUCAAUUAUACCGCCCCUUUGCGGCGGAUCGUCGAUGCGGAAGGGAUGCCUGCAGGCUAUGUCACCGCCAUCAGGGGUAUGUUGGAUCAGAUCUUGGCAUCGGGUGGACAGCUCUUCAUGGAGGCUAACCUUACGGAUGUGCAGGCGUUGCACUCGCAGGAGGUGCGCCUGGUCUUUGACACCCGUGCAGUCUUGACCAAGAGCGUGCUCUUAAACUUGCCACGAGCACCGUUCCUGAGCUUGCAGUCUUUACGAAGUGACCUGCCAGAACGAACUGUGCAGAUGGCGAACUGUGUGAAGUUCGAUGUCCCGACCAAGUUCUUCCCACCAGGGAGUUUCACCUUGGGGAAGAGCCUUACAAAGGCCUAUGCUUAUUACGCAGAUGCCUGGUGGCACAACCACCUGAACCAGACGGUUGGGCAGUGGCCAGAGAAUGCCUUCGAGCCAGUGAACACCAGCGAGGGCAUCCCAAUUGGCAUUCAUUGGAAUGAUGGUCCAGUGCGCUGCAAUGCUCCCCUGCAGGGCUGCCGCGGCUUCUUGGAGGUUUUCUACUCCACCACCAAUGAGGACUUCUUUGAAGACCUUCGCCCUAGCGAUCUCCAACCACUUGGGAUUCUGAAGGGCAAGGCUGCGGAAGCCAAGCUUCAGAGGUUGCAUGCUGCUGUCAUGGAGGCGACCAAGCCGCUCUUCCAGAAGAAGUCGGUGGCCCAGCCCAAGGAGCCGCCCAGCAUGUUGGUGGUCGGCGUGUGGGAUCGGACGGGCCAUGGCUUCACGGCGCCCACGAAGGUCUACUACAGCAAAGAUGAAACCACUCCUGGUGGCCCUGAUCCCUUGGAGAAAGCCUGUGGUGUUCCUGGAUUGACCGACAAGGAGUAUCGUGAUUCCUUGUUGUUCCCACACCCAGAUCACAAGCAGAUCAUGCUGGCCAACAACGAUUGGGUGGCACAGCCGGUGGAGAAGAUGUUUGGAGAUUGGGCGGAAGAAAGUCUCCUACAGGCGGAGCGUGCGCUGCACGGGAGUGGCCUUGGGCGACCGGCAUGGCUCGAUGAGGAUUACUACAACCGCAAGGUUCUUGGCAUUGCUGAAGGGGACAUUGUCACAAUGGUGUAG